AAGACCCUGCAGCACACCCACGAAGCCUUCUUUAUCCCCCAGACAUGAGUCAGCAGCCCUAUUUCCUGAAAGGAUUGAUGUGAUACCCCUGAAGCCUCGGCACGUUGGAUAGAGUAGGCCUGAGGGGACGACAAAUAUCAGCAGCGGCGGCCCAUCUUGAGCGUCUGCUCGAGAGAUCAAUUCAUAACAUGCCAACCAGCACCGAAACCAUGGAGAGAAGCUCAUCGUCGUCCUCGCCGACGUCCGCCUUUCCCCCGGGGUUUCGGUCGAGGCGAUCUCACGCCAAAUCUCGAAACGGCUGCCUGACAUGCAAGCAACGAAGGAAAAAAUGCGACGAGAAGCGACCGUGCUGUACGCUCUGCGAGACGAGUCUGCGGACGUGUACAUACGCAUCGGAACAGCGAUCCUCUAAAUCAAGCGAAUCCAGCGCGACAGCGACGUCUCAACUUCCAUCUCCAGUUCCAUCGCCCCCCGGGUCACUCGGUGGUGGGAGUCUCUUGACCCUUCCGACGAGAGAAGUGCUUUCUCGAUCACCGGUGCCUAGCAGUGCUCCUGUCUUGAGUCUGGUGGCAGUCGGCGAUGUCUUGUCCCACGUCACCGACGCGGACCUCUACUUUCAUUUUCUCAACCAUACCUGCAAGGCCGCUCCCAGCUGGCAAAAGGACCGCAUCCUUCUGCAGGUCGGGAUCGCCAAGCUGGCCCUCGACAGCGAGGUCGCCUCGCACUCGGUCCUGGCGCUCGCCGCCGCCUGUCUGUGCUGCGACGCCAUCUCCCAGGGAGGCGUUGAUCCCGAGACCGUGCGCCACAUCCUCGACCUGGGCUUGGAGCACCACACCCUGGCUCUUGAACAGAUGCGGACCAUGACGUCCCGGCCGCGGGAGGCGGACACGCAACCCCUCCUCGCCAGCGCGCUGCUGCUGGUCCCGUUUGCACUGGCCUUCCAGCACAUCCAGCACUGGAUCCUCUGCGCCAAGGGGAUGCAGGUGCCCGACCUCCUGACGCCCCGCGACACGAUCCUGCUCCUGCGAGGGAUCCGGACCACGAUCGUCGCGUUGAAUUCCAACCGCAUCCGAAGCGGAAGCUCAACCUCCAAAUCGCCGUGGGAGACGAUGUUUUCCGCGCCGCCGACCGACUCGGACGAGUGCGCGGCCAUGCCUGAGCGCGCGCACAGCAUGUUUGCCAUCCUGGCCGCGACGUUCCACCAGGCGUCGUCGCAGCUCCGAUGCCGGAUCGAGAAUGCGCUGGCCGGCGCCCACGUCGACGAGAGCACCGCCUCGGUAUCCGACGCCUACGAGAUCCUCAACGACAUCAUGUGCAGCACCUUCACGGACUACCCCAAGGUCGACAUCCCAUUUGAAUAUGCGUCUUUUGUAAGUGGUUCCGUCUUUUGACCAACCGCUUGGGCAACUAACAAUGCCAAAAGUUCUCCGUGACCCCCGACAGCCUGCUCGCCCAGGCGCCCGGGUGGCUGAAGAACUUCAUCUUCCAACGCCCGCGGCCCACGCAGGCGGAGCCGCUGUCGCGCUCGUUCCUGGCCUUCUUCUCCAGCGCGCCGCAGACCUACGUCGACCUGCUCCUCCCGCUGCUCGACCCGCGCCCCGACACGAUGGCCGCGGACGACCGCGAGCUCACGGCCGCCGAGGUCCUGGCGCUGGACGUGUACGCGCACUGGCUGGUGCUGAUGCUCCUGCUGGAGAAGGAGGCGUGGUGGGUCGGCGAUUUCCCGUUCGUGGCCCUGCAGGGCCUGAUGGCGCGGUACGGCGACCGGCUCUGGGGCGCCUUUUACGCCCCGCCGCAGCAGUGGUGGCCGGCGGGGAUGCUCGAGGUCGCCGCGCGACUGAGGCAGUGGAAGUAAGACCCGACUUGACUUGUAUAGAUACCCAAUGAUGAUUUUCUGUUUAGCAGGAUGGUCCUGAUGGGCUAUCCUGAUCUCCUA